AUGGAAAAUAUAAAGAGAAACAGAAGGUUCCUGGGAAUCGCACUCAUAAACUUCGCGAUCUGCAUAUUUAUUCUCUUCCAUGCACCGAUAUUUAUCCCCAUGCCCUACAUCUCUUCGAGGGUGUGCCUCAGGUUUGCGUCUCUGUUUGUAUACACCUUUGUCUAUGCAUUCGCUCUUCUUGGGGCCAAUGUCAGAAGAAUUGCUCCAGUAAGAGUUACCAGGAAGGUGGUACCUGUGGGAUAG